AUGUCGUCCAUACGGGUACCUCCCACACUUCCAAACUGGCCACGAAUUGACGUCCCCCAGCAGAAUCGCUCCGAGGAACGAUACACAGUAAUCCCAUCAACCCCCCUCCGGCGGUACUACUUCAAUGAAGACGACAAAGCACGCGUGUCGGAGAUUGACAUUGCCUUAGGCGACUGGGGCGUCUCUAGCUGGACUGACCCCCACCUCAGCGAGAACAUCCAACCCGUGGCCCUGCGAGCGCCCGAGGUCCUUAUCCACGCCCCUGGAACGCAAGCGCCGACUUUUGGAACUUCUACGCCGUCGUGCUUGAACUGGGGACCAGGAACUGGUGAGGGAGAUCUUGACGAUGAGGGACGAGUUAAGGGCGGACUUGCAACGCAGAGGCCACAGCUGUCCUCGGAUAGCUUCAUGCCUGGUCUGGAUAAAGAAGUUAGGGACGAGUUCGCCUCCUGGCUGCGCGCGGCGAUGAGGAUUAACCCCACUGAGCGGGCUUCUGCUGAGGACCUCUUGCGACAUCCCUGGCUAGGUGCACUGUAG